AUGGCUCAGGAUCAACGUUCUCUAAAUCUGAUGCGCUUGGUCGCUAAAGACCAGGAUUCAGACUCUUCUCUCACCCCCUCCAAACCUAGUCCCUCCACCCGACCUGUCCUUCUCGGAUACACAUACACUCUCUUCAACCUAGAUUCGGUUCCGCCGACUAUGGUGCUCGGACUCGCAUUCAUCCCCAUAUUCAUUGCAACUUUGAUCUAUCUUCUUCUGAAGCCCAUCAGCGAUAUUAUUUCCGAUGCUAGCUCUGGCAUUGGAAUUGCUGCUUCCAAGACAGCCUUAGCUGUCGAAAUUGUCCUCAAUAGCUUAUGGGUGGGCUCUGUUGGCAUUGUUAGCAGCAUCGUGACCGCUAUCUCAUCCGAUUCUCCUAGCCAUCUUCCUGGUGUCCCCACAUUCCCUACAGAUCUAUCCAGAGAGCUGUUCUAUGCUACCACGAAUAUGACGCUCAGGAUCGAAGCUCAGGCCAUGGGUGCUGCUACAAUGGAGGAACAUCUUGCCGCCUUCACCGGUGGUCUAGUCCUUGAGUCUGUCCUCAGCAGGGCAGAUAUCUUAGGUGGUCUGUCCAUCAGCUCAGCGGAUUAUGAUGGUCUUCCCGUCGAGGUUCGUGCUGAACUGUCUAGGCAGUUGAAUACUUUGAGCAAUAAGAUGCUGUCAUUUUGGAGUCAUUUGGUAGUUGUCCACAACGCUGCAUAUGAUUUCUUGCUAGGGUUUAAGAGACAGUUGGAUGCUCUGGAAGGAGCCAUUGAGCCCAUGUUAACAGUUCCCUCGCAGUCCGCUUACGACAUAUGGAUCAUGCAAUGGGAUAAAUCUCAGGCCAUCAUCGACAAGAAACUUUGGUAUGUUGUGGAGGUUGUUGGACCCGCGAUGAGGCUAGGAGAGUCGUUGGACCUCGACAUGAAGCAUUUGGAAGAUUAUAUAAUGGACACCAAGGUUACGCUCAACUCAGGAUGGUCUGUUUUCAAAAGACACUUCGUAGCGCUGGGUAUUUUGACAUCAAAAAACGAGGAUAUUGACGUUGUCCGACAUUAUACUAAGGAUGUUCUGAAGGGUCUCACUGUAGUGCGGCAAUCCCUGGAUAGUGUGCACAGGGCUGGUCCAUCCUUCAAGGAUGACCUAGAUGAAAGCUUUGGCGCCUCACCAAUUGGGAUGCAUGGUACUAACCCCACUCUCAUUCGCAAAAGGCUUCAUGAGUACAUGAGCCGGCAGCCGAAGCUUCCAGCUUUCUCUCCGCUCGAAGAACUACUCCGUGACACUUAG